AGAAGAAGAAGAAACUACGGAAGCCUUCGUGCUUUCUAUGACAACCGAGAAGCAAACGCCUGUUUGGAUUGGCUAUCGAUUUGAUUUAGUCUCGCGAGCAAAAACUAUUUUUAACACCCGCGAGGAUUAACAAAUACAUGGAUGGACAUUUUACAAUGCUUGACUAUCGUUCGACAUGCCAUUGAAGGAAUAUUGCGGUUGGUUUCACUAGCACAGAUAAAAAGAUGACAUUUGUUGCUUUCUCGAAAUGUACCGUGAGUUUCUCCGCUGUCCGACGAGCGUCAUCUGGUUGUGGCAUUAGCUCACUUCACCACGAAGACAUGUUAGCGGGCCCAACACUGGGUCCUGCGACUAACAAGAUUGUACCACACUUGGAACUAAGGAAGCAGUUUCUGGUGCCGAUUCGGGAAGAUACACAGUUGAGACUGCAAUGGAUGAAAACAAACUCUGUAUACUGAAAGACCCUGCUGGAAAGCCUGGUCUAGCAGAAAAAUCCAGAUCAUGCACUCCAGAAGAGGAUAAGAAGACAUGCAUAUCCAGUACAGGAGAAGAAGAUCUGAACACUAAUGGUCCUUGGUCACAAAGGACUAUCUCUCGUUUACUCAGAAACACCUUAAAUCCCCCUAUGAAGUGGCUGUUACCUGGUCACAGCCAAGAUGAUUACGGGGAAGAAGGGGAAGAAGAAAGAAACUUUGUCGUAGCCUGCAACCUGGUGUCCAGAUCCUCCGCACGUAUACUGCGUUUGCAGCAGGCUCUUCUGCGUGUGUCAGUGCAGUGGCAACAUGUUGGUGGGGCACAAAUGGGUUCACCCAAGGUCUGCGUCAAGGGCAGGACUGCGUCAGGUGACGGUCUUCCCGUUGUGCCCGCUUCCCCCUUCUUGAAUAAGCACUACCAAUCUCUGUGGAGACUCAUGGAGCAGAGAUCACUGCUGCUCUUCAUCCACGAGUACACCAGGAGGGUUCAGUCAACGACUGCAUAUAUCUCCAAAGUGGGCCACCUGCUUGACGAUCACUUGAGGGAGUCACACCGCUUAUCCAGCCGAAGCCCACACCUCUGCUCAUCAGCCAAGGUCCAGCUUGUCUCCCUGUGCCAGGAGUUCCGCAUUCAUCUCAAUCACUGGUCUAGUCUGUCUGCAAAGGUCCAGUCCGAUCACUACCUCAGGCGCGCUCUGGGCUUGCAGAACAAGUUGCUGGAAGAAAUUAGACAAACUCUUAAGUUGCUUGGCCUGCAGGGUCUGGUUUUAAUGGAAUGUUAUUUGCAUGCUGUUCUGUUUGCCAUGGGACAGUCUGAUUUGGACCACAUGCCAAGCGAAGUCAUGGCAGAUAUUGUAGCUUGUACAGACCUGUACAACAAGGUAUUGGAGGAGCAGAGAGUACAGCACAACAACACCCAUCCGUGGACUAAAAUAUUAAAACAGAUUUGUUUUACCACCCUGACAAACAGUCAGAGACACCAUCCUGUUGUUGUCUCGGUUAAAGACCUGCUGAAUAUUUUGGCAGUGCAUCAUGCAAACUCGGCAGCUAAUCGGCUCCAUUCGUGGACCGGUCAGCAAUGUGUGUGUAAAUCCGAAUUCCAUACCAAGCAGGGGAUUCCUACCAGUUUGCGGUCCAGAUUCCCCUCAACCUUAACCUGGGAGCAGCUACAGGAUCAAUUCUUUAUGUUCCCCUCCUCUUCUCACACCGGCCACUCUCCUGAACUUAACUUGAAAAACAAUAGCAAGGAAAAUGGUCAGCAUCAUCCUACUUUAGAAAAGGCAACAUUUUCCCUAAUCCAAGAUACCAAUAGGAGUAACUUAUCCCUUCAAUGCCAAACACGUACUUACAGCACUGCUCCUGUACAGACAGCUCUAGAACAUAACAGCCCUUUAAGAAACUUUCAGCAUUUGCAGAAGUCAAGUCCACCCACCAUCUCACUGUCAGGCUUUUUCCAACAGGACCAGUCCAAAGUUGAGCUACUUUUUCAUGUGCUUGUUGCCUCCAACGACCUGCUAGCUCCACUGGUAUCUCAUCCAUUGACCCCGACUACACAAAUGUUUCCGCACUCUGUAACAAUAGACCCGCUACCACCAAAUGGGAAGGCUGAUUCAAACCACAGGAUCAGGGACUGCGAUAUGGAGGGUACUUGCCAGCAGAUUAUUGAACUGGACAUAACCACCAGGUUAGCAGUCAAUCUCAGCUCAGGUGCUGGACAGCAAAGUCCUGGUGUGGCUGUAGGAGAUGUUCAAAAAGCUGAGGAUGAAUGCGUUCAGCGGCCUCGGUCUGUUCAGUGGUUGGACCUCGGCCAGUCGUUGCUGUUUGAUGAUCUGUUGGGACAGUACCGUACGCUGCUGUGGGCUCACUGCAGCAAAGCACUCUGGCUGCAGAUGCAUGUGCCACACAGAGCAAGAAGUACAGAGAGCAUCAACCUCCUCGACAACCACAGGAGGUUCCAAGUCCUUCAGAUAAUCAACCAGGCCUCAGAGACAGAUCAACUUCCAAGGGAGUGCAAAGCCAUGCUGGAGGAGUUCAGUCUCAGUAUGUUAGUCAGUGCAGCACAUGCUCAGUGGGACUAUGUGGUCUGCAGAGGUCUGGGUGCAGCUUUGAAGGACAAGUGUCUGACGGAUGGAAACCAACACAGCAGGUCUAUGGCGCCGUCAUCAAAUCAAGAUGACAGUGUGAUGAUGUCUGUGACCGCAGCGUACUUGCUACAGCUUACUCCUCCUCUACUGUCCUCUCUGUCUCACUGCAAAGCACCAGGUUCUUUGAGCCUUUUCCCAACUCGGACCGCUUUUCACAGAUGGACUCUUAGCUUGACGUUAGCUACAGUGCAAUUGUCCACAGUCUGGGUCAUGUCCAAGUCCUGCCAGUUCCUCUCCUCAUGGAGCCUCAACAAGUUCUUACUCAUCACACAAGGAGACCUCAAAGUGCUGAGCGAGUCGUCGGACAAAAUGGUGCAGCAGACGAAAUCUUUGAUGAUGAACUCCUACAGUAAUUGUCUUUGCACUCCUCAUAGCCAUAAUCCACUUGUACUGAAGCAGCAGCUCCAAAAGGUUGAUGCAGCUUCCUCUGAGUUCCAGGCUUUUUCUUCUCUGGUGCUAAAAACCUUUUCUGAUGACUGCAAAAGGAUGUCUGCGGAUCUUUUCGAGCAGACCAUGCCCUCUGCUGGACACUGGAGACUCAACCCCAGGCCAGGCUUACCUAUCAGUCCCAGUGAGUACGCGUCACUCGCUGCACAGAAUGUGAUUGGUCAGGUUUUGGAUGGUGUGGCAUUACUGUCUGAUGAGAUCCGCAUCCAGGCUCUUAGUUUAACCAUGACUGCUUUCAUGGAGGCGUGGAUGGAACACAUCCUGAAACAACGGAUAAAAUUCAGUGUGCAGGGAGCACUCCAACUGAAGCAGGACUUUGAUUCGGUCAGAGAAUUUAUCUGCUCUGACAGAUAUGGCCUACCAGAGGAACUCCUUCAGCGUCUCCUCAGCCUCAGAGUAUUUCAACAGGUGGACUCUGCAGUAUUAUGCUUGCUUCAGCAGCCGCAAGUCAGACCGUAUCUGCAAAGGAGAGCAUGGGAGCCUUUCACACGCUGCUGUCCCACUAAGAGCAGCGGAGACUGCUUAAAUGCAGCGGUGGGGAGCAGUAUAACCAACCUGAGGGGUAUGGAAGGGGACUACAUGACUCAGUCUAAUCCUUCUGUUGGAAGCACUGACGUCCCUUCAGUAGACCCAUUUCUCCCAGGAGAGCCCUACCUUGCGCCAAGUUUAGCUCUGGGUGCUUGUCAACAGGACUGGUUGGACUUGAGGAUCCGUACCAGUUCUCGCCGCUGGAGGUUGCCAGGACUGCGGUGUCUUUCCAAGUCUGAACCCUAAUCAACAAACAUUGAACUCAUUCUCCGGUUUCACAAGGAGAACCGACUCAUUGAAUGGGACACUAUAUUUUAUCAGCAAUAACACUGUUUUGAAAGUUAUUUUGAAAUAAUGAGUUGAUCUAGUCAUCACACAAGUUGGGUUUCUCUGAGCCAUGAAUAAAUAUUUGAAACCAG